UCCGGAAUCUCUCGGCGAGUCUUUCUACCAAAGCCGCUUCUCGGCUCGCGUGCGCCGGCCCAUUUGGCUCGCGUGCGCCGACCCAGUUAGCUCGCGCCCUCACGCAUUUUGGGUUUCCCGACCUCAUGGCCGGCCUGACCCUAUUUGUGGGCCGCCUCCCGCCCUCGGCCCGCAGUGAGCAGCUGGAGGAAUUGUUUAGUCAGGUGGGGCCGGUGAAGCAGUGCUUCGUGGUGACUGAAAAAGGGAGUAAGACAUGUCGAGGCUUUGGCUAUGUCACUUUUUCUAUGCUGGAAGAUGUUCAGAGGGCCCUCAAGGAGAUUACCACUUUUGAAGGUUGCAAGAUCAACGUGACCGUUGCCAAGAAAAAACUGAGGAACAAGACAAAGGAAAAGGGGAAAAAUGAAAACUCAGAGGUCCCAAAGAAGGAGCUAAAGCCUAAAAAAGCCAAAGUGGCAGAUAAGAAAGCCAGAUUAAUUAUUCGGAACCUGAGCUUUAAGUGUUCAGAAGAUGACUUGAAGACAGUAUUUGCUCAAUUUGGAGCUGUCCUGGAAGUAAAUAUCCCUAGGAAACCAGAUGGGAAGAUGCGUGGUUUUGCUUUUGUUCAGUUCAAAAACCUUCUAGAAGCAGGUAAAGCUCUCAAAGGCAUGAACAUGAAAGAGAUAAAAGGGAGGACAGUGGCAGUGGAUUGGGCUGUGGCAAAGGAUAUAUAUAAAGAUACACAGUCUAUUUCUGCUCUAGGUGAGGAAAAGAGCCGUGAAUCUAAACAUCAGGAAUCAGUUAAAAAGAAUGGCAGGGAGGAAGAAGAUAUGGAGAUGGAAGAAAAUGAUGAUGAUGACGAUGAUGAUGAUGACGAGGUUGAUGAUGAUGAAGAUGAAGAGGAGGAGAAUAUAGAAUCAAAGGUGACCAAGUCUGUGCAAAUUCAGAAGAGAGCAAUCAAGAGAACAGCCUCCGCAGAAAGCAGUGAAGAUCAUUCUGAGGAGGACAGUGACCUGGAGGAAAGCGACAGUAUUGAUGAUGGAGAGGAACUGGCUCAGAGUGAUAGCAGCACUGAGGAGCAAGAGGAUAAAGCUGUGCAAGUUUCAAACAAAAAGAAGAGGAAAUUACCCUCUGAUGUGAAUGAAGGGAAAACGGUUUUUAUCAGAAAUCUGUCCUUUGAUUCAGAUGAAGAAGAACUUGGGGAGCUUCUCCAACAGUUUGGAGAUCUCAAAUAUGUCCGAAUUGUCUUACAUCCUGACACAGAGCAUUCUAAAGGUUGUGCAUUUGCCCAAUUCAUGACUCAAGAAGCAGCUCAGAAAUGCCUUCUAGCCGCUUCUCCAGAGAAUGAGGCUGGUGGGCUUAAACUGGGAGGCCGGCAGCUCAAGGUUGACUUGGCAGUGACCCGUGAUGAGGCUGCAAAGCUUCAGACAAAGAAAGUGAAGAAGCCGACUGGCACCCGGAAUCUCUAUCUGGCCCGAGAAGGCUUAAUUCGCGCUGGGACGAAGGCUGCAGAGGGUGUGAGUGCUGCUGAUAUGGCCAAAAGAGAACGGUUUGAGCUGCUGAAGCAUCAGAAACUCAAGGACCAGAAUAUCUUUGUCUCCCGAACCAGGCUCUGCCUGCACAAUCUCCCAAAGGCUGUAGAUGACAAACAGCUCAGAAAGCUGCUGCUGAGUGCUACUAGAGGAGAGAAAGGGGUGCGCAUCAAGGAGUGUAGAGUGAUGCGAGACCUCAAAGGUGCUCAUGGGAACAUGAAGGGUCAGUCCCUGGGCUACGCCUUUGCAGAGUUCCAGGAGCACGAGCAUGCCCUGAAAGCCCUCCGCCACAUCAACAACAAUCCAGAAAUCUUUGGGCCGCAGAAGAGACCAAUAGUGGAGUUCUCUUUAGAAGAUCGAAGAAAACUUAAAAUGAAGGAACUAAGGAUCCAGCGCAGCUUGCAAAAAAUGAGAUCCAAGCCUGCAACUGUUAAGCCUCAGAACGGGCAACCAGAGCCUGCAAAAGACCAGCAACAGAAGGCAGCUCACCACCACACAGAGGAACAAAACAAGGCGCCCCCAGAGCAGAAGAGGAAGGCAGGCUCUACCUCAUGGACCGGCUUCCAGACCAAGGCUGAAGUGGAGCAGGUGGAGCUGCCUGAUGGAAAGAGGAGAAGAAAGGUCCUGGCUCUCCCCUCACACCGAGGACCCAAAAUCAGGUUGCGGGACAAAGGCAAAGUGAAGCCCGUCCAUCCCAAAAAGCCAAAGCCCCAGAUAAGCCAGUGGAAACAGGAGAAACAGCAGUUAUCUUCCAAGCAGGUAUCUAGGAAAACUAAGGGAAAUAAGAUGGAAACCCGCUUCAACCAGCUGGUCGAACAAUAUAAGCAGAAAUUAUUGGGACCUUCUAAAGGAGUACCUCUUGCAAAGAGGAGCAAAUGGUUUGAUAGUUGAUGAUGCUACGGGCUGGUAAGAAGCUGAGUUGUGUGUUUUCUGGUGAUGCUCCUGGGCUCCUCCCCAUCCCCCAUGUGUUUUACUGAGGGAGAGAAAAUCCCCAAGGGCACUGCUACUGUGCUGGGAGGUGCCUGGACUGUGUACAUCUGAACUUUGGUCCAUCCUUUGAUGUGUGGUUCGUUAGCCACAAAGAGAAAUAUCUGAAAAAUAUUAUGAUGCUUCUCGCAUAUUAUCCAGAUUAUUGUAUGAAGCUGUGUCUAUAAUUAUUACCAAUUUUUAUUCUUUAUUUCUCAAAUGGAAACAAUUGAAAAAGCAUUCUGGAGUGCUGAAUUUUUAAGAUGUAUAUUUUGUUAAGCAUAUUCUCUAAGUGAAAUAUUGUGUGGCUUUUUAGUGACAGAAUGUCAUUUCUAGUAUGUGUGGCUCCUUUAUUAUUUAUGAACAUUCUUGACAUUCCU